UUCUUUUAAAGCGCUAACUCGUCCCUUCUUCUUUCCUCUUCGAUUGUUCUCCUGUUCUGCUCGCUCCAAAAAUGGCGCACUUUCAAUUUCAGGUUCAGCGACUCUCAACUCUUUCAUCUCGCAAUUUCAUGCCUUUGGUUUCUUGUAAUCACCUUCCUCGAUUUGUUUCUUUAACAAAAUCUCCCAACAGUUGCACUCUCUCCGCUUCUCUGCUGCCAACUGGACCUGUCAGGUUUCCUUGUCAUUCCUUUUCCUCUGGCACAGCCAUACGAUAUCGGACAGUGUUCAGAAUGAGCGGCUCAGAUAUGAUAUCACAGAUGGAACUUGGCAAGCCAGAGGACAGACAGAAAAGAGAGAAGCGUGUCAAUGGUAUAUUUUGGAUUAUACUUCUCAAUCUUGGAGUUUAUGUGGCUGAUCACUUUUUUCAGGUUAGGGGCGUGAAAUCUCUUUACUUGUAUCACAAUUGGCCUGCGUGGUAUCAGUUUGUGACAGCAACCUUCUGUCAUGCUAAUUGGAACCAUCUCUCGAGCAACCUUUUUUUCUUGUAUAUUUUUGGGAAGCUUGUUGAAGAAGAGGGGGGUGCCUUUGGGUUGUGGCUUUCUUAUAUUUUUACUGGCGUUGGAGCAAACAUUAUUUCAUGGUUGAUUUUGCCAAGAAAUGCAGUUUCUGUUGGAGCCUCUGGUGCUGUUUUUGGACUUUUUGCAAUGAGCGUCCUUGUAAAGAUGUCUUGGGACUGGAGGAAGAUCCUUGAAGUUCUUAUAUUGGGCCAAUUUGUUAUUGAGAGGGUAAUGGAAGCAGCACAAGCUUCAGCGGGGUUAUCAAGCACCUUACAGGGAAGCUCUGCCCUUCAGAGCAUCAAUCACAUUGCACAUCUAUCUGGUGCUCUUGUUAGCGUGGUUCUUGUGUGGCUCCUCAGCAAAUUUCCUUCUGAAAAUGCAGACAAAGAAUUGCCAGAUUUUCAGAGGAAAAGGAACAAAAGUUCAUGAACAACUCUUGUUAUAUAGAUACGACCUGUAUAGGAAAUUGUGAUAGAAGAGUAGAACUCCAUCAAUCCACAAUUGUCAUAGGAGAGUAGAACACCAUUAACUGGGUUGGUAAGCUGAGAUAUUAUGAGUGAAGAGGGUGGCAAGUGCUUUGUUGAACAAAAACUAUUGUUAUAAUUGUUGAGAAGUACCUAUGUGAAGAAAACUACUAUCAUAAAUCUGGAUUUUUCAA